GACACUUCAACAAAAAAAAAUCCAAUUGAUUUACGCGCGCCAAAAAUUUCCCUAAAAUAAAACCCACCAACGAAUGCGAAAAUGCAGAACCCAUUUCUAAUAAAAACCCUAAAAUCCCAAAUCUUCUUCACUCUCCAUUCGAAUCUCAUCUGAAAUCAACAGCAACAACAACAAAGAAAGAAGAAGAAGAAGAAAAAUGUUUUACUCUCAGACAUUUUUGGCGCGAAAAGGACCACUCUCUACAGUGUGGAUCGCCGCGCAUCUUCAACACAGACUCAAGAAAUCUCAAUGGGCUUCUACUGACAUUCCAUCCACAGUUCAACAUAUAAUGGAUCCUGGGGUUCCGAUUGCAUUGAGAAUGUCAGCUCACCUACUCCUAGGUGUUGUUCGUAUUUAUUCGAAGAAAGUUGAUUAUCUUCUUAACGAUUGCAAUGCUGUUCGUACUGUUUUGUACAAAGUAUUUCCUUCUAUGCCAAAUAAUACUUUACCUGAGGAUGCGAGACAAGCCCCUGUUCAUUCUAUCACCAUGCCAGCCACUUUUGACCUUGAUAUGCUUGACGUGGACUAUGAAAUAGAUACUAACGGGUCUGAGGAUGUUCACAUGAGGACUUAUGAAGAGAUUACAAUUACAGAUGAAAAUUAUGUGAUUCCACGUUUUGAUGAGGGUGAAAGAUUUGGUGAUUUGAAUGAACAACCACCACCAGAUUCUGAGGCACCAACUACGGAAGUCAUUAUUCCCCAGUCUCCAUCGACAAACGAGGCAAUGCCAGUGGAUGUUCAAGAUGGUAGUCCAAGUACCCGUAGAGAGUCACACACUGGUGAUGAUAACCAACAUAUCUUUCAGGAUCCCAAUACAAAAGAGACAAUGCCAGUGGAAGCUUUUCGUAAUCCAUCCAAUGAUCAUGAUACUAUUGGAAAUCUACCGGACCCUGGGUCUAAUGAUACUGAACCCAAUAGAGAUUUCAAUCCAACUGUGAAUGAAGAGGAUCCAAUUGUUGAAGUGACUGAAGUCCGUGUUGAAACCCCACAAGUUCAACCAACUGGACCACCAACUCCAGUUUCUAUUCAAGAAGGUGCCUCAGAUGCACACGUUAAUGGAGGGGAAAUUUCUCAACAAACUGCAGGAGGGCAUGGUUCUUUCGAUUUUGGGAUGAUUCCUAGCCCUCAAAUAGAGCAGAGACAGGAUCAGGGACAGGAUCAGGGGAAUCAAAGAGGAAGGAAGAGAAAAUUCAUCGAUGAUGCCAUAGUCUUAACAAACGAAUUCAUGAGGAAAAACCUUAACGAUACUCGCAAAAUACGGCGGAAGAGAAAGGAUGUUACUACUUUGGGUAAUUGGGAAUUGAAGAGCAAACGAUUGAAGGAGGAUGUUUUUGACCAGCCUUUAUUUACAGGGUUAUGUAAGGAACUUAUAAACAUACACAAAAGAGAAUAUAUACUUUCAAAACCCCACCUGGUCAUCUCUGAGGAAGAUCAUCCGGAUAAUACUACUAGAACUUCUCCAAUUAACGAAAUUGCUGACGAGCCAAUACCUGAUGCACCUGAGAUUAUUGGUAAUGGUAAUCCACCACCGAACCCUGGUGUGGAGGAUAUUGAACGCAUGCGUUCUGAUGCUAAUGCUUCCCCUCCCAUUAUCCCAACUCAUAGUAUAGACACUGAACCCGUUAUUGAAGAUACUACUUACAAGAGUCCUGUUAGAAGAGAUGAUGCAACACCUUCGGUUUCUGAGACAGUGGAGAUACCAUCAUAUGGUGCAACAUCACCUCGUGCUCGUGUAUCUGAAAUUGGUACCCCAAGCACAUAUCAAGAUACAAUAAUUCAUGACUAUGACAUUCCAGAUACUAACCGAUUGAUCAAUUCUCCAGAAAAAGAAGACCUUUAUUUUCUUGAAGAAGAUAACAACACACCAGCCACAUCCAGUUCACAAAGUACAAACAAAAGUAUUAGUACAUUGUCCGGGAGGAGUAGGGGUGUAGCUCAAUAUCUAAAAGAUUAUUCUCCGUGUACCCCAAUUCCGGAGCAUCCUGCUGAAGACUUAAGCUUGAACAAGAUAUUGGAUGCAAAAACUCGAAAGAUUGCUGCUCGGAUGUUCUUUGAAGUUUUGGUGUUAAAGACUCAUGAUCUUAUUGAUGUAAAACAAGAGGAGCCUUAUGGUGAUGUCAGUAUCAAGUUGACACCAACACUUUCAAAAGCUAAAAUUUGAUGUGCAGUCUCUGAUGUAGAUAGGCAAGGUUCUACAAAUUUUGAGUUAACUAUUUGAGACUGAUAGUGGAAACUAGUAUUAUGAGAAAUGUAUAUUUUACUUUAGAGUAAAUUUAUUACAUGUUAACCCCUUGGAAGUUUUUCAUUACAAGUUUACAACUCCCUAGUUUCAAGUGUUUCUGUAGAUAAGCUAUUGAGUUUGAUAAUUGUAAGAAGAGAGCUGCUAAAUGGUGCGAAUAAGUACCACGCGAAAAUUCACGAAUGUGCGUGCACAGUCUUUCUCACAUGUUCGGGCGGUCCAACUUCUGGUUUUAGUAAAUUAAUGGGAAAAUUAACUAUCAAAUGUGGUCACCAUAAAAUGUAUUCUACGCUACGAUCCUUAAUAGACAAAUAUCCCACUGGUGCUCAACGUCGAA